UUCCUUCUGGGUUCUAGUUAUCAGUUGAAUCCAGCUCAACGUCCAACACACACCUAGCCAAUCCUCCGAAACCCAAAAUCAAACCAUUCGCAAUGGCCUUCUUCAAAUCCCUGAUCUGCCUGGCUGUCUUGAGCGUGGCCUCCGCCGGAGUCCUGCACGGCGCUGGCCUGCACGGAGCUGGCUUGUACGCCGCUGCCCCCGCCAUCUACGCCGGCCAUGGUCAUCAUGACGAGGGAAUCGAUUACCAUGCCUACCCCAAGUACCACUACAACUACGGAGUCGCUGACUCACACACCGGAGACGUCAAGUCCCAGCACGAGGUCCGCGACGGUGAUGUGGUGAAGGGAUCCUACUCUCUGGUAGAGCCCGAUGGUUCGGUGCGCACCGUGGAGUACACUGCCGAUGACCACAACGGAUUCAACGCAGUCGUCCACAAGACCGGCCCCACCGUGCACCACGCUGCCCCGGCCGUCGUUGCCCACGCCGCUCCCGCCGUGGUGGCACAUGCCCCCCUGGUAGCCCACGCCCCGGCCAUCGCCCACCACGUGUCCGCCGCUCCUGCCGUACCCUACGCCGGAUCCCUGGCGCAUCACGCCGCCGCCGUGCCAGCCUACGGAUACUCCACCCACAACGCCCACGCGCACGGUGCCCACUACUAAGAAGCCACUGGGAGGAGGAACCAUAACUGCCACCAACACCACUACCACCACUCUCUAAUUUGUAAUUUAUUAAGCACGUUGACGACCUCACAAACUGGACUACGGAAAUGGAUAUGGAUGAUCGGUCCAUGACGAAGCCUGCUCCAAUACUCAGAACCCAGUCAUGUCCAUCGCCUGUGUAAAUAGGAGCCGGAGGGCACUCCGGACGGAAUCCCUCCUGCCUGCUCUAUCAUCUGUCUCCCUCACACACACACAUUGCCGUCUCUGUCUCAGCUUUCGCGCAAUUCUCUGCAAUUUGUUUGCAACUCAACCUUCUCUAAAUGUUGUACAUAAAGAAACCCUAAAAUCAUGCCACGCCCACGAACAACCAACCUGCCAAGAUGAAGAAAAGCAAACAAAACUCUAAAAAAUAAUAAAAAAAAACACACAAUUAUAUAUUGUACUAUAAUACCUUUGUGUCUAACUUAAGUUUGAAGCUGAACCGGCAAAUGCUAUAAAUACAGAAUGUAGUGAAUUAUAAAAAUUCAAA